AUGUCCCCUAUGAAGACGACCGCUAAGCACCCCUGGACCAGAGGCAAGCUCUACGACCAGCCGUACUAUGCCUUCUCAAUGAAGACGCGGACCUGGGAGCCGGUCGGGACCGCGCCGGCAAGAGACGAAACAGAGCCUGGGCUCCUAGGACGUCUUGAGGUGCUGUCCUGGAACAUGGACUGGACGAUGCCGGAGCGCUUGGAUCGAACAAAGGCAAUUUUCGAGGAACUCCACGCCCACGUGGAACGAGCGGCAAGAAAGUUGGGGAUGGAGUUACCUGCAGCCAACGCAGCGGGUGGCCCCGCAGAGCAUGGUCGGGCAGCGGCCAUAAGGGCCCUCAACAUCGUCAUCAUGCUCAACGAGGUUGUGGAGUGGUCUAUUGGGCGCUUGAAAUCGCUCGACUGGGUCCGCAAGCACUUUUACUUGACUGAUAUCAACACCAGCUUCUGGGGCUGUGGUCUUCAAGGAGAGGGACAAUACGGGACGUGCAUCCUCAUACCCAAGACGUUGCUGAUCUCCAGCGUGGGCAGAAUCCAUUACACCGCCAGCAACUGCAACCACGAUGCUUUGUUCGUCGACAUUUCCGUUGUCCCAGCUGGCAACAGCGCCAGCAGGCUUAGGAGACAGCGCACCCUGCGCCUAUGCUCGACCCAGCUGGACCCCUACUCUUACGUCCUCGACGACGACCGCAGGAAGCAGCUGGCCGAAGCAGCAGCUCACAUGCACAUUGCCGACCUGGCCAUCCUCGGCGGGGACCUCAAGGCCGUCUGCGCGGCCGACCGGAGCCUGCAUUCCGAGCAGCGGCUCCUGGACGUGUACUUCGAGUGUGGCGGGGUCGAGGGCUACGGCGCGACCUGGGGCCCGACGGCCGGCAAGAAGCGCCGGGCGCUCAACGGCAUGGCCAGGGCGGACAAGGUCCUGUUCUGCGGGGAGGGCUUGUUUGCGAAGAAGUUCGAGACGUAUGGCCACAACAUCGAGGUUGAAGACCAGGAAGCACGGUCGAAGCUAAAAAAUGCUUUGCAGAUGGAUAAGGGCUGGGUCUCGGAGCACUUGUUGAUCAAGGCUACUUUUAUCAUCACGCCAGCUCAAUGA